UCCGUUUUGUGAAUAGCAGCUGGUGGUUCGGGAAGGGAAUGUGCCACAUCAGCCGGUUCGUCCAGUAUUGCUCCCUGCACGUAUCCACACUCACGCUCACGGCAAUCGCGCUGGACAGACGCCAGGUCAUUCUCCACCCUCUGAGGCCCCGCAUGUCCCCGGCUCGCGGUGUUGUGUGUGUGAUUCUUAUCUGGGUCAUGGCCAGCUGCUUCUCCUUGCCUCAUGCCAUCUACCAGGAGCUCCUAACCUUCGUGUACAGUAAGGAGAAGGUGCGCAGCCUUUGUGUCCCCGACUUCCCCGAGCCCUCUGACGUCUAUUGGCAGUGCAUUGACCUCCUCACCUUCAUCCUCCUCUACGUCCUACCCCUCCUCAUCAUCACGGCCGCCUACUCAACCGUGGCUCGCCGCCUGUGGCGCCGUAACGCUAUCGGGGACACCACCACUGCGCAGUUCGCUGUGCAGCGGCGGAAGCGGCGGCGCACCCUGGCUAUGUUGUUGGUGGUUGUUGGGGUGUUCGCGGUAUGCUGGUUCCCUCUGAACUGCUACGUGGUGCUUCUCUCCAGCCAGGCCAUUCAGUCAUCCAAUGCCUUGUAUUUCUGUUUUCAUUGGCUGGCGAUGAGCUCGACGUGUUACAAUCCCUUCAUCUACUGUUGUCUGAACCCCGCCUUCCGCCAGGAGCUAAGGCUGCUAUUGGGCAUGUGCCGGAGGAGGGGGCGUGGAGGGGUGGGGCCGGUGCUGGUGGCUCCACCCUCCUGCGCACUCUGCCACAGAGCCGCCUGGCCGGAGAGCCGCACCUGUUCUCGUCCGAGUCACGCCUCUUCACACCCGAGCCGCGCCUCCUCUCGGCCAAGCCACUCCUCGUCCUCUCACCAGCUUCCUAAAGACAGGCAUGUCCUUUUCUCUGCUAGACAUGCCAAUAAAACAGACAUCCUAUCAGUGGAGCCUAUAGUAGCUGUCAGUUAACUACAACUACAACCUGUUGAAGGACUACGUUAUUAGCUAAAGACAGUUGGGGCUCUAGAACAGGAAAUGUAUUAUCUUUUAACUUUCAUGACAGCGCCACCUUCGGGAAGAAAGGUUUCACAUUGAUGGGAACAGGGUGUGGUGAGUUCUGGCAACAAAUGCAACAUCCAAACGAACAACUACUCUGUUAGCACAUAUUGUGUACACUGAGUGUACAAAACAUUAAGGACACUUUCCUAAUAUUGAGUUGCACCCCCCCCCCCUUUUGCCCUCAGAACAGCCUCAAUUUGUCAGGGCAUGGACUCUACAAGGUGUCGAAAAAAUUCCACAGGGAUACUGGCCCCUGUUGACUCCAAUGCUUCCCACAGUGGUGUCAAGUAAGCUGUCAAGUUGGCUGUAUAUCCUUUCGGUGGUGGAACAUUCUUGAUACAGGUGGGAAACUGUUGAGCAUGAAAACCCCAGCAUCGUUGCAGUUCUUGAUACAAACAUGAGCGCCUGCCACCUACUACCGUACCCCGUUCAAAGGCACUUGUCGGACGGAGCUAGAGUUUGAAGGAACAAUCUGUAACUUUCCCUUCCAGUCAAAUGUGCUAUCCCUGCACUCUUGUAUACUGUGGCGGUGGGUCUCGCUUGGCAAAUGUAACCGAAGGUUACCCACAGAAUUGAAGUAACUCUGUAGCAGGUUCUGUACAUUUGCCAAGAUCCACUCCUAAAGUUUACUACAAACAAGUGCAGGGGAAACACUUUUAACCUCUGACUGUACAUGAAAGUAGCAGAUCGGACCUUUAACAACUGAUUUAGUUCAGGGCCAUGGGAAAGAAGAAUGUUAUGGAGGUGGGGUGAAGAUUAUUUUGCUCCAGAUGUUUCCUCCCUACAUCUGCUGGCAGUCCCUGUGUAAGAUACAGGUUGAAACAUGGACAGCUGACUGCACAUGUGGUGGUAGCUAUUAGAGAUAUUCUCUUGUACUUUUGUGGCCCCCGAAAAUGUGAACCACGUCAUUGCGGUCUCUCGCUCUGCUGUGUGUGAUUUUUGCUAGCUGUCACUCAAAUGGCGAGGGGCUCAAGCUCAUUGGCCAAAACUCUAAUUGCUAGGGGGCUGGCCCACGUGGGGGUAAAUGUAAGGAAAAUGCCACUGCACAGCUUCCUGAAAACAGUCCCUUUCAACCUAGGGAUUUUGUGGCUAAUUGACAUAAAAUAGUAAUUCUGCUCAUAGAUUAUGUAUGUACUGUAUGUAUACAUAUUGACACAUCCAGCCCAAAGUGGGAGGUUAAAAAAAGACUACAAAUACUAGUUGCCAAAGUACCAGAGCAUAAAUAUGCAUUCAGUUGGAUAAAUAAAUGAAAGUUACAGACCAAACCUUUUAAGAACUGAUUGAGUUCAGGACUGUGCAAAAUAAGAAAGUGGAACACUAUACUUGACAGAAGGAACCCUAUAGGCCUGGUCAAAAAUAGUGCACUAAAGGGGAAUAGGGUGCCAUUUGGGACCUUUCCUAUAAAUGAGAAGGCUACUGCUUGAAUGCUACGUUAUGCAUUAGCUUGUUGGAAAUUAGGCACUCAGUAACCUUGUCCGCAGGCACAAUUACAGAGGGAGCCGGCUGGUGGACAAGAUGAGGCCCUCAGAGUCAAAGGGUUCUGUGAUGCUGUUGGUGGUACAGUCAACCAGACCGUGGAUACAAUUGUAUUUGUUUUCUUUAAAACACUUUAUAUCCAUUUCAUUUAGCUGACCAAGAGCACCAGGUGGGUGGGUUUUGCACUUUUGGGACUAUUCUGUUGUAGGGCAAGCUAAAAUCAAGCGCACUUAAAGUAUGUGACAUAAAACAAGUUCCUCCAAGACCUGAUGGUGAUUUGAACAUGUCUGUGUUAAUGUUUUGUUCUUAAUUCAUUUGAAUGGUGAGCAGACCAGGUGAAGAGUGUGAGCAUCUGUGACAUGAUGCUCACGUGUACAGACGACAAUGAUGGUGGUUUAAACCUGACAUUUGAACAUGCUUGUGUUGAUGUUUGGUUUCAUUAAAGUUGUUCUUGUUUUGCAUGUUGAUGCCAGGGUAUGAUGUUAGAUGGUAGUAACAGCAGGCAUGAGCAUCUGUAAUAUUAUGGUUUUGUGAUGUAAAUGUGAUGUGGGAUCUUAAUUGUGAAUUCUCCCUCUCUCUAUCUGUGCUUUCUGAGAUCCAUUGCCUUAACUCAUAGUGCACAUAAACUCAGCAAAAAAAGAAA